UAGUCUUCUGGAGUCCUUCCAAUGGGAAUAAACUGCACAUUUGGAGAGGAAAGCAAGGUUGAUUAUAGAAGGAAAUGCUAACAGCAAAAAGGCUGGGGCUGCUUUUGUUUUCACUUACCCGCCCGGAGCAAAUGUGACUUCCGGAGUCAGUCAUUUUGGUGUCAAGAAAUUUCUUCAGCAUUCUACAAAAGUGGGAGGUGUGUGAAGAGGACUGUCCACUCCUUUGGAUGGGAAGGAAGAAGGAAGCAUUCACAGAGGCCCGUACGGGGGCCUGAGCACAGAAGCACCUGGUGGGCCACUGCCCGACGGUGAAUGGCUGCUGCUGGAGCCACCUCCUGAGAGCCCCUCUCCAACCCGUGCCAGCCCGGAUUUGGACCCCGUGACGGGAAGAUGCUGAGCUCCAUCAAGUGUGUGCUGGUGGGAGACUCGGCCGUGGGGAAGACUUCUCUGCUGGUACGCUUCACCUCAGAGACCUUCCCCGAGGCCUACAGGCCCACCGUGUAUGAGAACACGGGCGUGGACGUGUUCAUGGACGGCGUCCAGAUCAGCCUGGGCCUGUGGGACACGGCAGGCAACGAUGCCUUCCGCAGUAUCCGGCCCCUCUCCUACCAGCAGGCCGACGUGGUGCUCAUGUGCUACUCAGUGGCCAACCAAAGCUCCUUCCUCAACCUGAAAAACAAGUGGAUCGGUGAGAUCAGGAGCAACUUGCCCUGCACCCCCGUGUUGGUGGUGGCCACCCAGACAGACCAGCGGGAAAUGGGUCCCCACCGGGCCUCCUGCAUCAACGCUGUGGAAGGGAAGAAACUGGCCCAGGACGUGAGGGCUAAGGGCUACCUGGAGUGCUCGGCCCUGAGCAACCGUGGGGUCCAGCAGGUGUUCGAGUGUGCCGUCCGAACAGCUGUCAACCAAGCUAGGAAGCGCAACAGAAGGAGGUUCUUCUCUAUCAACGAGUGCAAGAUCUUCUGAACCCCCAGAGACUCAUUUAUUUACCCCAAAUACUAAUAGGCCCGGGAGAGAGGGGGGUGUCCAGUCAGGGUGGACGCUGUUUAAUGGGGCCAUCUCCAGACACAUUUCUUUCUGGAUACAGCAGUUGAUGGGACGUGGUCCUGGGAUGUUCUCACUGAGUGAUGCUCUACGAACUGCUCCUGGUCCUGUGGACC